AUGCUGCCGCAGCCUUUCAUCUCGGCCACCGCCGUUAAGCACCAGGAGAUCGGUCUGCCCUACCUGCGCCAGAGCAUAGCCGAGUCAGGAGAAGGUCUACAUGAGUCCAUCCUUGCCGCCAUCAUCCUGAUGACAUCUAUCGUGGUCAUUACCGGCAUCCCUUCGACCUGGCGCAUCCACGUCCGCGGCGGCAGUGAAUGGCUGCAAGCGCAAAGGCCGGAGUGGAGAGAAAUUUACAAUGCUCGCAUCCUGUACCAGCUUUUCGAAUGCAUAAAGCUUAUCGGUCUCCUGUCCGGGGCGCACAAGGCCCGGGCAGGCUCGGACGAGUUGCCGGAACAGCAUUGCGUCUCGUUUGUUCUAUGGCAUUUCAAGCCGUUAUUCGACGCUCUCCACCAUAUGAGCCACAUGAGGCACGCGUCAUGCAGCCUGUCUAACUGCGACCUCGAAACCAUCGAGGCGCGUAUAGCGAAUGCCAAACCAGACAUUUCUCGUCUCCGGCAACCGUCCUCUGUUGCGGAGAGACUGGCCACACACCAUGCCCUCGUCUUCUACUACGCCUGCCGCAUACAGCUCCAGCGGGACUUCCGCCGUGUUCCCCCGUUCCAGGUACAAGAGCUCGUAGAAAUGAGCCUACGCCACCUCGAGGAAAUCCACCCCAUCGAACGUACAGUGCACGCUUGCGCGCUGAAGACGUGGACCUCCGAGCGCGGCUGCUGCGUCUUUUCGACACGGGUGACAUUCUCGGCAUCGGGGGUAUCACACAAGCCGCCAAGAUCGUCCAGGAGGUCUGGCACCAUAGAGAUCAAAGCGGACAGCAUACGGCAAAUCAUCAACAAAGUUGAAGCGCUUGCAGCGCGGGGACUGUCGGCAUGCUUCCAGGAGCGCGAGGUGUAUGGUGACGUUGUUCACAGAGUAGUCAAGAACGGUGGAGACGAGGCCGUCGCAGUCGGAGAGGCACUGCGCCAGAGAUGGCGCCGAGUAGUCCGUGAGGCGGAAAUCGACAUCUUCGCGCUCGACGCUUUCUUGGAUCGUGAUAACACCACGACUUGGUGCGAGGCGGCCAGAAGCACCUCGACCACGUCUCGGCCCAUGUCGCCGGUCCGGCAAUAG